AUGCCCUCUAUUACUCAGGAGACGCUCCGCAGGCGCGCAGAAUUUGUUCGCACAGGAGGCCGCGGUUCAGUACGCCGUACCGUGAAGGUAGCACAUCGCAAUACCGGGGACGACAAGAAAGUGCAACAAGUGCUGAAACGCCUCAAUGUGUCACCCUUCAACGACGUGGACGAUGCCGUUCUGUAUCGUCAUGACGGUACUGCGUACUAUUUUGAGAAACCGAAGGUACAGGCAUCCAUGCAGUCGCAAUGCUUCGUCGUGAGCGGUGCGUACGAUGUGAAGGAGGCGAGCGAAGUGCCUUCAUAG